UAUGUGCUAGUAACUGUUACUCAUUCAGACAGAACCACAGCUGGACUCUGAGGUCUACUUGUAACAACUUUGACGAUAUUUAUUUUUAUCUCUCUUUAUAACUCUCUUUCUCUCUUUCUCCUUCUCAGGACACACAGAGACAUGCCAUACGUUGCCCUGGGGGAGGGGAAGACCAUUCUACUGAACGUUACACUGUCCAAUGCUGGCGACGCUGCCUUCCGCCCCAUGCUUCACCUGAGAUACCCCAGCAAUCUCUACUUCAUCAAAGUGUUGGAUGCUGGGGAGAAAUACGUGAGCUGUAAAAUCGCAGAGGAAGAGAAGACAAGUGUCGGGCUAGAUUGCAGCGUGGGAAAUUUGUUUUUCAACGCCUUAGCCAAAGUUAAUAUCAGUUUUCUGCUGGAUGUCAGUGCUGACAGUGAACCUGGUGACCUGGACAUUAUAAUAAAUGCAACCCGGGAGAAUUUUGAAAAUGAAGAUCUUCUCCAUGACAAUAUUGUUAAUCUGACUCUGCUAUUGAGAUAUGGAGUGAAUCUAAACAUCCACGGUUUUGUAUCCCGAACAGAGUUUGUGUUUGGGGACUUUGAGGAGCCACACUGCUCCGCUGAGAGGUUCAACUACACUUUCAAGGUUGUCAAUGUUGGUCCAAGCAUAUCGCACGGCACAAGAGUGGAAAUUGAUAUCCCCAAAGCUUUAGCACCGUAUCCAUACAGACUGCUCAACAUUUUGGACAUACAGUCAUCUUCUGGGUGGUGUUACGUUCGAAACUCCACUGAUGGGACCAGCAGUACACAUGGCAACAUGUAUGGAAGCCAGAGAGCAAGUACUGUUGACAGUGUUUUGUUAAAUGUGACAACUACCACUGACAGCUAUUGGACGAAUUGGUCCAGCACCACUCACCCUUAUUGGACUAAUACUUCCAGUACCACUGACACCAAUUGGACUAGUACAUCCUAUAUGGCCAAUGUGAGAAACUGGACCAGUGUUCUUGAGAAUGAGUGUGAUCUGCCUGACUCCAAUCCCUUGAAUGAACUUUUCUCCUACUUCUUCUCGAAAAGAAGUAGAAGACAUAUGUAUUGUAUGAAAGAGGAUGCUCUGUGUCUGUACGCGGUGUGUGAGCUUGGAGACAUGGACAUUGGGAAAGAUGUCACCAUUGAAAUGGAGGUCGAAAUGAAUUCGGGAGUUUUAGACAUCUCACCGGGAAGACAUAGUGUCAUGCUGUUAGAGACCACUGCUGUCAUAUCACCCAAGAAGGACCCAUUUAUUUGGUUCUUAAAAGAAGAUCCCAUCACAGUGGUUGUCCUGGAGGCCCAUCAUAGCCACAAACUGAAACCAGUCAUUGAGCUGUCCAUCAUCGUGGCCAGUCUCUUACUAGGCCUCCUCAUCCUUGCCUUGCUGGUCAUCUGCUUGUGGACGAGCGGCUUCUUUAAGAGUGAGUUGGAGGAAAGAUGGAGAAUAUACGAAGGCACAGCUGGGACUACUGAGGACGGACAUUGAUUCAUAUCAAAUAUAUGACACAAUAUCAUAGUUAAAGGGGAAAUUCAGUACAACAUAAUGUUAGAUGGUUCCUCAACCUGAAAGUAGUCUAAUCAUCUAAAAUUAAUUGUAUUUGCUGACACCCUGCAGUCACAUUUUGGCACCAGUAGACUAACUAGCUAGCUAGCUAUGUAAACCACACCCUUCUGCGAACACGCCUUCUGCAAUGAUGGCUACAAGGCAGUACUUAUUUAAAUUAGGUAAGAGUAUAAGAUAUUACCAUUGGUGUAUUAAAAUGACCGGCUUUAUGUGGUCUCUCACAAAGCCUUAGCUUUUCGAGGAAGCCAGUAACCGUAUGGUCAAACAUUAUCGAUGUACCAGCAACAGUCACUUUUCAUUCUUUUGUCAUCGUACUAUGAUCUGGUUUCAUCCAAAUGUCAUCCAAUCUGAUGAAAUACAUGAUUUUGACUGUUUGUGACCUUUAAGUUGUAUAAUAUUGAACUUCCCCUUUAAUCAGUGACUGAGGAUUGAUUGACCCACGGUACAGUGUCUUGCAAAAGUAUUCACC